AUGGUCGUACAUAUCUUAGGUAAAGCAUUUAAGGGUAAGGAAGUCCUUAGAAUUGCACUGGCAUCAAAGUUUUAUGGGAUUGGUGAAAAGACUGCUACUACAGUAUGUUCGAAGCUGGGAUUUUAUCCAUGGAUGAGAAUGCAUCAGUUAUCAGAAGCUCAAAUAAUGAAUAUUGCGAGUGAAUUAUCAACGAUAACAAUAGAAGAUGAAGCUCGGGCAGUGGUAAAGAGGAAUAUUGCUUUAAAGAAGAGUAUUGGUACUUAUGAAGGUUUAAGACAUGUUCUUCAUUUACCUGUUAGAGGUCAACACACUAGAAAUAACGCAAGAACGGCUAGAAAAUUGAAUAAGUUGGAUAGAAAAGGUUAA